CAUUUCUCUCCUCACGAUAAAAGUUUCCAAAAUAAACAAAUAAAUCGAAUCAAUCCUUUCAUCGAUCGAUCGAUCGAUCUCGAGAGAAAGAGAGAGAGAGAGAAAGAUGAGCGGGAGCGGGAAGAAGGCGGUGGAGACGGCGGCGAAGGCGGCGAGGUCGAUGAUCGACUGGGACGGCAUGGCCAAGGUCCUCAUCACCGACGAGGCUCGCAAGGAGUACGCCAACCUCCGGCGAGCCUUCGAUGAGGUCAACAACGAACUCCAGACUAAGUUCAGCCAGGAACCUCAACCUAUUGACUGGGAAUAUUACAGGAAAGGAAUUGGCUCCCGUUUGGUGGAUAUGUAUAAAGAAGCUUUUGAUAGUAUCCAGAUCCCCAAGUAUGUUGACACUGUGACUCCUGAGUACAAACCCAAGUUCGAUGCUUUGUUGGUCGAGCUGAAAGAAGCCGAGCAACAAUCUCUGAAAGAGUCUGAAAGACUGGAGAAAGAAAUUGCAGAAGUCCAAGAGAUGAAGAAAAAGAUCAGCACCAUGACUGCAGAUGAGUACUUUGCAAAGCAUCCUGAGCUAAAAAAGAAGUUUGACGAUGAAAUAAGGAAUGACUAUUGGGGAUAUUGAACAUUGGAGCUCUUUUAACGACGCAAUGUUGUCUUUGACAUUUCCAAUAAAAUUUUCUUCCCCACUUUUCAUUUUUUAAUGCUCUUCGUUACCCUGCUCAGCCAAAAGACUAUCGGGACGUUCGCAUCAUUUUGUGUGUGUAUACCUUCAUCCAGCCCUGUGGACAACUUGAGCUGAAUUUUUUGUCUCUGAAUGCAAGUUGAUGAAUUUGCUGCGCAGCUGCUGAGAUAAUUUGCUGUGGAUCAACUACCUUUUUUAUCGAGAGGUUAAUAAGCACUAGUCAAAUAUUUGGAUUCUAGUUUUUUUUACUGAAAAUUAUGUUUACAUUUUGGCAAGUUUGUGGUUUUCCUCUUUUCUAAA